AAUCAAUUGAACCAGGAGAGACGGCUUGCCAGAAAAGCUUCCUCAAAUAAAGAAGGAAGAAGUUCUGUUAUCAUGCAGGAAAAAAAUAAAAAGCUUGAGCUGGAAGGUAGCUCUGGCAUCCAGUACUCCAAAGACAUGAGUGCUGACUCCACUGUAAAUGGAAGUCAGACAGACGGCAGUGAGAAGGAAGCCAGCCGCUCUGAAAGCAGCUUUGAUGCAGACAGUGAAGCCUCAGAAAGCGAAAGUGCUUCUAAGCAAACAGCUUUCAGCUCGUCCAGCAACAUGUCUGGUUUGCAUGUCAACCACAUAAAUGUUAAGAUGCCGCACAACAAACCAAGUGACAGUAAUGACGAGAUGAUUUCCAGUGCCAUAUCCAAACUCAGCUUCUGUGAUAUUAUAAAUGAAGAUAAAAAUUUGAGCUGUGGGGAUCCAGCAUUAGGUUUAUCGAAUAAUUCCAUGUUCUCAGGAGACAAAUCCCCGCUAUCCCAAAACCCUCAAAAUGCUUUUCAGACACUUUCCCAAAGCUAUAUAACUAGCUCAAAGGAAUGUUCUGUUCAGUCGUGCCUUUACCAGUUCACCUCUGUAGAGCUCCUAAUGGGGAACAACAAGCUUUUAUGUGAGAGCUGCACAGAAAGGAAACAGAAGCAUCAGAAGAAAACCAACUCCACAGAAAAGAAAAUGGAAGGUGUCUACACAAAUGCUCGGAAACAGCUGUUGAUUUCUUCAGUUCCUGCUAUUCUUAUUCUCCAUUUGAAAAGAUUCCACCAGGCUGGUUUGAGUCUACGGAAGGUAAAUAGGCACGUGGAUUUCCCACUGAUUUUAGACUUAGCACCAUUUUGUUCUGCAUCUUGCAAGAAUGUGGCGGAUGGUGCAAGAGUGCUAUAUAGUCUAUAUGGAAUAGUAGAGCACAGUGGGUCAAUGAGAGGUGGUCAUUAUGCGGCAUAUGUGAAAGUCAGGACACCCUCCAAGAAAUUACUAGAGCAUAUUUCUACCACUAAAAAUGUUCUGGGUUUAAAAGAAGCCAUGGGAGCAUCAGGAGGACAGUGGGUUUAUGUUAGUGAUGCCCAUGUUCAGAUGGUUCCAGAAUCAAGAGUACUAAAUGCACAAGCAUAUCUACUUUUUUAUGAAAGAUUAUUACUAUAAUUCUCAACAUUUUAAUUUAAAAGAUUGUAGUGGUUAUUUAGUUUCUCUUAUUUAAAGCUGCAGUAGUAAGAGUACCUGUAAAUAUUGUGCCUUUAUCUUGUAGAGAAUUUAUCAUAUGUUGACUCUGAAGGUCAGUCAAACUAUUAUAAAUAUCCAAAUGGUUCUCUUAAAAUACGCACUUUGCCAAACAUAUAAAACGCCUGGAUUUAUUAAACUACAGAACUGUUAGAAUGUAAGAUGAUAUCCUGUUCUACUGAGGUCUGUGGAAAGUUUGUUCUUGAUUUUAGUAAAGAUGAGCUUUCACCCAUAGUUCUAGAACAGUUGAGAAUAAAAAUACUGAUAAUGUUAAGUGCCUGGAUUUGCUGGUGUACAGUAACAAUAUAA